GAGCCCGGUGGAGGAGGUCUUUCCCGGAGUAGAUCCCAAGGACAUCCAGCAGUGACGGCGGCCAGAGCUGCCCCCCCGUGCCCCGGGCGGGCGCCGCAGAGUGACACGUCUCCCUCUUCCCCCCACCCCCCCCCUUCUUCUCACGUCUGCCCAUAUCACGAUAGUCGCCAGCACCAAGGUCGGGGGGUUGCUCGCGCGCGGGAUGCCGGGGGCUGAGGGCCGGCAGCCGAGGUCAGCACCCAAGGGCAGCUCUGGGCGUCAGGGCGCUGCCAGACAGGGAGGACAAAGAAAAGGCGGAUGGAGCCGACGGUGCGGUUCCUCUCUCUCAGAGGAACGGCGAUGCCGGCGGGGGUUGGGGAGGAAGUGGAGGCCGCUGUUCGAGCCAGCGGGCGAAAACGUCCUCCGCGGGGCCCUUCGGGUGGAGGUGGCUGGGUGCUGAGGCCUGCUCGGCGAGAAGUCGUUUCCAUGCCCUAGGAGCAAGAGGCUACCGGCUGGAAGACGCUUGGGUUCGCUGUGUUAAGUUGUUUUGUUUCUAGGCUGGGUGCAGCAGACAUGCACCCUGCCUUCAAGUAUUAGCAAAAUGCUCGCUAGAUCCUGAUCAUACUCUAGUGGAGGGUGUCCCUGCCCGCAGCAGGGAGGUUGGAACUAGAUGUUCUUUAAGGUCUCUUCCAACCCAAACCAUUGUAUGAUUCUGUGAUUUACCUCAGUGUGUGAAUGGCACCUGUGACAAGGAGCCCAACGUGAGAAGGUGAUGAUAUACACGUCUUCCACAGGGGAGCUAGUGAUAAUAAAAGCUAAAGAAAACUUCACACUUUGUUUUGUUUUCAGCGAUAGAAGACAGUGAUUCACAGUUGAAAGCAGAUUGGUACCUUAAAACUGCAACAGGAUGUAGUUGUAACUGUGACUUUUUUAGUACAAUGCAACUAUUGGCAAACAAAUACAUGGGUAACCAACCAAAGAAGUUAUGAAUAUCAACUGUGGUCUAAAGUUGCCAGGCAGGAACUGUAUUUUCUUUCAUUUGGCUUCUUUGACCAAGCAGGGGAAGUGUAGUAACCUCUAUAGGUCUUACGUGGGAUAUUGCCGAACUCAAGUCAGUUGUACACGAGAUAAAUGCCAAAGGCUGGAUUUGAGUGGAAAUACUAGAAACUGUUUUUUGACUGGAAGCCCUGACUCCUAUAGAAACUUCAUUGGUAAAGGGCUGAGGUGUCUUUUGAAUGGCCCAAAUGCAAAAGUAUACAAGAAUGCACGCCACGCUUCGGGAAGGUUUUGCUUCCAGUCUUCUCAGCCUUUGGGGGAGAAGAUCACAUCCCUCCAGAGCAGUUCUGUAGGGCAACUCCCACAUCAUUUUUCUGCUUGGAACAUUCAGAUCAUCAGGUUUUUUCGUGUGUCACCAUCAUUUCAGGCUGCACCAGUUCCUCUCUUCUGGAUUAUUGUUAAGCCAGCUCAGAAAUUAUUUGCUAUCAUUCUUGGCAGGAGCAUAAGAAAUUGGUGGAAGGCACUUCCUCCUAAUAAACGGGAACUUUUUAAAGAAAGUGCAAGGAAAAAUAAAUGGAAAAUACUCCUGGGUGUCAGUAGCUUAGGAGUUUUAUUUGUCAUGUUUUAUUUUACUCACUUGGAGGAGACACCCAUCACUGGGCGCGCUCGACUGUUGGUGUUUGGAAAAGAGCAUUUUAGGGAACUGUCACAGAUGGAAUAUGAUAUGUGGAUGGAGGAAUUCAAAACUAAAAUGUUACCUGAGACAGAUGCACGUUAUCAGGUUGUGGAGAGAGUUGUUGGUCAUUUAUCAGAAAGCAAUAAGGACAUCCCACAGGUCUCAGCACUCAAGUGGGUUAUCCAUGUGGUAGACGAACCAGGUGUAAAUGCUUUUGUGCUUCCAAAUGGCCAAGUGUUUGUUUUCACUGGAUUGCUAAAUGCAGUUUCUGAUAUUCAUCAGCUGUCUUUCAUUUUGGGACAUGAAAUAGCUCAUGCUGUGCUGGAACAUGCAGCAGAGAAAGCCAGCCUGGUUCACUUCUUGGAUUUUCUAUCACUCAUCUUUCUCACUAUGAUUUGGGCCAUCUGUCCCCGGGAUAGUUUGGCAGUUAUUGGCCAGUGGAUUCAGAGCAAGUUGCAGGAGUUUGUGUUUGAUAGACCGUACAGCAGAACAUUGGAGGCUGAAGCUGAUAAAGUGGGACUUCAGUUUGCAGCAAAGGCUUGUGUGGAUGUCCGAGCAAGCAGUGUAUUUUGGCAACAAAUGGAAUUAGCAGAAACUAUUCAAGGGCAGCCCAAGUUACCGGAGUGGCUCUCCACUCACCCUUCUCAUGAAAACAGAGCUGAGCACUUAGAUCGCCUUAUUCCAGAGGCUCUUAAAAUAAGAGAGCGCUGCAAUUGCCCAUCUCUUUCUGGACCAGAUCCUCGCCUCAUUUUCAGACUUAACAUGCAACAUCUCCUGGAAUCAUCUAAAGAUGAAGAAACCCCAAAUUCUACAAAGCGAGCUCUCUCAAAACCAAACCUGGAUUUUCCUCACACUCAGAAAGUGGAAGAUAUGCCAGUAACUUUUGCAGUUAAACCUACAAACUAAUGAUAGUGAUUGUCACUUUUUAUGAAACUUGUGAUCCCUGAAGGUCUAAUACAAAUUUGUCUUUGAACCAUAAAGAAGAUGCAGCCACUCA